GUUAGGAAAUGGGAUCGUGUCGACCCGGUUGUUCAUGCUAAUGUUCAGCUUUUUUUACAGUCUAUGGUUCAGCUGCUGCAUGCGUGGAAAUAGACAGUGUAUAAACUGUACAGAUCGGGAUUUCAUGUGCAUUAUUGUCCAAACGUUUUCGCUACACACAGCAGAAAUUAAUAAUCAGUGGUGUAUUAGUGCCUUACAAGACUUUCCGGAAGUUUAAAAGUCAGCGAUGAUUUUGAGACUGUCAAACAGGGCAUGCGUCCUCUCUGGAUCAGCUCGUCUCAAAAGCACUUUGUCAACCUUCUUCGAUGAGAUGGGAAAAGCUGGUGUCAUCCUAAAAUCUGCGUCAACUGGCAUAUUUGAGAACCUGGCCUUAGAAGACUGGAUUCACGAUCGCGUCGAUCUGCAAAACAGAAGCGUGCUGUUAUUAUGGAGAAAUUCGCCCGUGGUUGUCAUAGGAAGGCAUCAAAACCCCUGGCAGGAGUGUAACCUGCCCUUGAUGAGACGCUUGGGGAUCCCGCUAGCGAGGCGUCGCAGUGGAGGCGGGACGGUUUUCCAUGAUUUUGGAAACAUCAACAUGACCUUCUUCACCUCCAAGAAGAAAUACGACCGUCACAGAAAUCUCAAAGUCGUUACUAGUGCAUUAAAGACACUGAGACCCGAUCUAGAUGUCGCAGCAACAGACAGAUUUGAUAUUUUGUUAAAUGGCCAUCACAAGAUUUCAGGCACUGCUGCGAAAUUAGGCAGAACCUCUGCUUAUCAUCACUGUACAUUACUGUGUUCUGUUGACCGUUCAGUAUUGUCCUCAGUCCUGAAGAGUAACACUUCUGAAGUUAUCAAGAGCAAUGCUACCCCAAGCGUUCCUUCCCCUGUCAGGAACCUUUUGGAUGUGGAUCCCACUCUUGACUCCAAUACUAUCAUGGAUGCUAUUGCUUCCCAGUACAAUAAUGAAUUUGGCUUUGACAGCCCAGUCAUCACAGUGGACCCCACUCAUGAAGGUCUCAUGCCUGGCAUUCAUAAGAUGGCACAGGAUCUGCAGCCGUGGGAGUGGAUUUAUGGCAGAACUCCAAAAUUCAGUGUUUGCACAUCUUUAGUGGUGGAUGAUGUGAAUAUUAAGCUUGAUAUGGCCAUCAAAAAUGGUGCUGUAGAACAAUGUGCUAUGGAAAUCCCAGAAGACUGGCUUCCUUCAGAGAUGGUGAAUGAGUUUACAUCAACUCUGAAUGGCAGCAAAUACUGUCCGAGUGAAGCCGCAGUGCUGGUGGCGGCGUUCAUGAGAACCCAUUCAAUGACAGAUGAUGUUGCUGAGAAGAUUCAUAGAUUGUGUGCUGGUGUGGUUUCAGUAAUGUGAAUAAAAACGAAACCAGAAAUGUGAUACUUGUUUCAAAAACUUUAAAGUGGUCUCCUGCACAGUCACACUUUACCCACAGAUACAGAGAUUUAAGAUGAAAAACACAAAUAACGCCACUAAUUCUAUGAUGAAACUCUUGAAAUACUUUGAAAUUUUAAGCAAUCAUUUCU